UCUUAGUUCUUACACUUCUCUGUGUUCGCCACGUGUCCUUCCUCACAUCCUCUUCUUCUUUCUUCAUGAUCCUCUUUCUUCUCUUAUAUUCUCGAAGCUUGCUUUUCAUUAAAAAAAAUAUUUGUCUCUCCCUUUUUGCCCUCAUCACUCAUCAUUGCAUAUACUGUUCAUUGUGCAACGUGAAGAGCCCAUGAAUAUGAUGCCAUUGCUUUGAUUGUUUUCAUGUUGGUGUAACAUUUCUUAUGGGGCAUUAUUAAUGUAUCAAUUUUAGGCAUCACCCAAGACAAAAAAAACAUCCUGGAAGCUUAGAGUUCUUGUGCCAAAAGAUAGUUGUAACAAAAUCAUAGCAGCGGAUAUUUUAGGUUGAUUUGAUUUGAAAAAAAGAUGUCGUUUAAGAAAUCAAAAUCAGUUGCAGCUGAAAAAACUUUAUCUCCACAAGAGGAGCAGGUUAAGAUUGGAGAAGUCAAAAAGAUAAUUGGUCCAAUUGUUGACAAGUUCUCUGCUUUGUGUUCGGAUGCAUCAGUUCUAAGAUACCUUAGAGCCAGAAACUACAACACUAAGAAGGCUGCAAAGAUGUUGAAAAACACCAUAAAAUGGAGGCUGGAGUUCAGGCCUGAUAAGAUUCAAUGGAAUGAUGUAGCUCAUGAAGCUGUGAAAGGAAGGCUAUAUAAAGCUGAUUACUUGGACAAGCAAGGAAGGAUUGUUUUUGUUAUUAGACCUGGUAUUCAGAGCACAAACUCAUCAGCUAUGCAGAUCAAGUACCUCAUUUACUGUUUGGAGAAUGCCAUAUGGAAUCUAAGUUCCAAUCAUGAACAGAUGGUUUGGCUUAUUGAUUUUCAAGGGUGGAGUUCAUCAUGCUUAUCUUUAAAGGUCACCCGGGAAGCUGCUCAAGUCCUGCAGGCUCACUACCCUGAGAGGUUGGGCCUUGCAAUCUUUUACAAUCCACCAAAAGUGUUUGAGUCAUUUUGGACGAUGGUGAAGCCAUUUUUGGAACCCAAGACUUACAGGAAAGUGAUAUUUGUUUACCCUGACAACCCAAGAAGCCGCAUGGUGAUUCAAGAACACCUUGACAUGGACAAGCUGGAAACCUAUUUUGGUGGGAAAAACACGGUUGGAUUCAACUAUGAAGCUUAUGCUCAGAAAAUGAAAGCAGAUGACAGAAGCAUGUCUGAUGUUUUUGAUUCUUGUUGUUCAUCACCCGGUUUUAUGAACUCUGAAAUUCAUGAAUCAGUGCUGUCAGGAACCAAUGAUUCUGAGGAUGAAGCAUCUAGUGAUGAAGCAGUUUCUCCAAAGAUUCCUUGUUCUCAAUAUGAACCCAAUGAGGUUCAUGUUCAUGAACCAAAAAAGACAUGAAGAGGUGAAUCACAAGAAAACUAGGCACUGGCAGGGUUAAUUAUACGGGAAAAUAGGUGAUGCACUGAGUUUUACACUGCCAUCUAAUUACAGAUCAUCAUUUACAGUAAGUUGAUGACUUUUAUAAUAAAUAAAUAAAAAGUCAUACUAAUGGUGAUAUCUGAUUAAUUGAUAGUAUAAAACUAUUUUACACUCUCAGGGCAUCACUAUUAAAUUCUAAUUAUAUUACUCAUUCAAACUUUACACAAGCACUGAAAUUUUAACACCAGUAUUAUGUACUAAUGGUUUGAGAGUAGCAUCUGAACCAUUAACCAUAUGGGUCCACUGUCCAUAGCAGCAGACAUCAACACGUGGGUCCAUGCACCUUUUCACUGAAAAUUGAGGGCUUUGAGUUGGCUCAUAUGGCUUGAGAAUUUCAACCAGCAUUCAGGAAAUAGAAAGUUCAGAUUUCUUUCAUGUUACUUUUUCCCUCCCUCCCUCAGUUCCUCUAUCUUUAUCUGUGCUUGAGUGAGGUUAUAAUAGGGUGUAUUUCAAUGUUUGUGGUUGUUAUUUGUAGAGAAAAGUUACCGACACACAAUAAAUUAUUAGGUGAUAUUGUACUACAUAAUUUUUAAUUAACUUUAUAUAACAUGUAAUAAAGUGUUAUUAAUUUUUUUAAA